GUCAUCCAUGGUUGAUAUUUUGAAGACUUUGUGUCUGAGGUUUAGGGGUUUGCAGUUGGGUUGUUUCACAUUACGGUAUUCGGUGCCCAGUUAUCCGAGUUGUUUUCUAGAAACGGAUAGCGAUUUGGACUUGAUGAGGACAUUUUUGUUGAUAUCAAAUGAGAAGACUGUUGAUAUUUUAGUGAAGGAUUUAUGCGGGAGCAGUGAAUAUAGUGGUGAUUUUUGUGUAAAUAAGGAGUUGAUAGCAUGUGAAAAGGGCGAGUCAUCGUGUUCUAGUACUGUCGAAGACAGAAACGAGUUUUUGGGCAGGUCGAAGAGAGCAAGUGCUAAGCCUUUGUUGUCGAAUGAGUGGGAGACAUACAUACAUCAUGUGGGGCAGAAGUUUGACGGUGGUGCAGAGCAGUUCCGGUUGAAAUUGUGCAAGUACGCUCUUGAAGUAGGAUUUAAUUUUUUAUAUGCCGGCAAUGACAAGAAGCGGGUGGUUGCUGUUUGUUCGAAUAAGAAAUUAGAGGGUUGCAGCUAGCGUGUUUAUGCUUCUUAUUGUGAAGCUACUGGCAGUUUUGUAAUUCGGACGUUAAAUAAUGUUCAUACAUGUGCGGGUCGGAUACGGGAAUCAAAGAGUAAGAUGAUGAGGUCUCGUGUGGUGCCCUCCCUCAUUGUGGACAGAAUUCGUGCAAAACCAGAGCUGAAGCCAGUUGAGAUUAUACACGAGUUCAAAGAUUAUUAUGGUAUAGACAUUUCAUACUACCACGCAUGGUUUGGCAAAGAGUUAGCUAAAUUGGACGUUCACGGUGAUGAGUCGAAGUCCUUCAACGAGUUAGUGUGGUAUGUGGACGCCGUAAAGGAAACUAACACUGGUUCUCUCUGCACUCUUGAUUGCGAAGCUGGAAUUAAUCGCUUUCGACGGUUUUUUGUGUCUUUUGGGGGUUGCAUUGCUGGAUUUCAAUAUUGCAUACCCUUGUUGUUCAUUGAUGCUACGUUUUUGAAGAGCAAGUACAAGGGGCAGCUUCUCUGUGCUUCGGGAAAGAAUGGAAAUCAAGGGUUUUAUCCUCUAGCUUUUGGAGUUGUUGAUUCUGAGACAGAGGAGAAUUGGACUUGGUUUCUUCAACAUUUGGCUUCUAUAUUGCUACCGAUGGGGAGAGUGGUGACCUUUUUCUCGGACCGCAAUCAAGGUUUGUUAAAUGCAAUGGGGUUUGUGUUUCCCGGAUGGCCUCAUUCUUACUGUUAUUAUCACCUCAAACAGAAUUUGAUAUCAAAGUACCCGAAGUCAGGUUAUGGGAAACUGCUCCAAGACCGUGUUAUCAAUUUAUUUAGUAGAUGCGCAUAUGCUGUUACGGAGGAAGAGUUUAAGGUAGCAAUGGAGGAGUUGGUGAUUGUUGGGAGUUCGAAAGUGAAGGCAUUUAUAUCUGAUUUGUCUAGAGAUCACUAUACCAACGCAUUUUUCAAAGGAAUGCGUUAUGGGGAGAUGGCAAACAGUUUAGCGGAGUCCUUUAAUAAUUAG